AUGCAGAUGAAUGAGUCUGGAGUUCAAACGCUGGCUCCAGAGCGGUGUGAGCAGCAGAUCCUAGAGGAGGACCGUAACGGGAACAGGGACGGAGGGUCCAGCAGCAACCUGUCGCUGCACUGCUGGCUGCAGCUGCUGUCCAGGGAGUCCAUCAUGGAGUUCCAGGGGGACAGCUCCAGCGUGGUGGUGCGCGUGAUGAUCGCGUGCGUCUACUCCGUGGUCUGCGCUCUGGGGCUGGUGGGGAACUCGCUGGCCCUCUACCUGCUGCACUCGCGCCACCGCCAGAAGCAGUCGUCCAUCAACUGCUUCGUGAUGGGCCUGGCCAUCACCGACCUGCAGUUCGUGCUGACGCUGCCCUUCUGGGCGGUGGACACGGCCCUGGACUUCCGCUGGCCCUUCGGCCGCGUCAUGUGCAAGAUCGUCAGCUCGGUCACCACCAUGAACAUGUACGCCAGCGUCUUCUUCCUCACCGCCAUGAGCGUGGCGCGCUACUACUCCAUCGCCUCGGCCCUGAAGAUGCACAGCCGGCGGGCGGCCGCCACCCGCGCCAAGUGGACCAGCCUGGGCAUCUGGGCCGUGUCCCUGCUGGCCACGCUGCCCCACGCCAUCUUCUCCACCAGCGCCCAGGUGUCCGACGAGGAGCUGUGCCUGGUGCGCUUCCCGGACUCCGGGAACUGGGACCCGCAGCUGCUCCUGGGCCUCUACCAGCUCCAGAAGGUGCUCCUCGGGUUCCUCAUCCCGCUGGUCAUCAUCACCGUCUGCUACCUGCUCUUGCUCCGGGUCAUCCUAACCCGCCGCGUGGCCGGCGCCGAGGGCCCCGAGGUCCAGCAGGGCCGGCAGAAGCGCCGCUCCCGGGUGACCAGGUCCAUCGUGAUCGUGGUGCUGUCCUUCUUCCUGUGCUGGCUCCCCAACCAGGCGCUGACGCUGUGGGGGGUGUUCAUCAAGUUCGACCUGGCGCCGUUCAGCAAGGCCUUCUACAACGUGCAGGCCUACGCCUUCCCGCUGACCGUGUGCCUGGCGCACACCAACAGCUGCCUCAACCCGGUGCUCUACUGCCUGGUCCGGCAGGAGUUCCGGGCCGGCCUGAAGGAGAUCCUGCUGCGGGCCACGCCCUCCUUCAGGAGCCUGGCCCAGCUGCUGCGCCGCAGGACCAAAGUGGCCGAGGCGCCGCCCGUCCUGGUGCUGGUCCAGAUGGACGUCUGA